CUAGAUUGCAUGCGGCGCGGCGGUUUUAUAUAAACAAAGAAUUAAUUUUCCAAGUGAUCAAAACCUAUCCAAAGGGAUGACCGCUCGAAUGAUCCAACGCGGUCUUCACACGGCCCGUUCCUGUCUUUUGGCAAGAGUUCCUCGCCGGGCCAAUCCCGGCCUGGGUUACCAGCUCCAGCAGUUGCAAGAGCAUCCGGCCAAGACCCCCGAAGCUAACGAGGAUUACGCCGAUCUGGAGUCUGAUUUCAUGGGAGUGCAGAAGACCCACCGGCAGUACGAAAAGGAGCAACAGCAGCAGCGGGACCGCAUCCGUCAGUUUAUGAUCAAGCACAAGUACUUUCGGGACUCCAAAUUACCAAAUCUUUUACUACACGCGGAAAAGGAGCAGAUGCGCCUGCUUCAUGGGCGCGAUCCCGAGGAGUGGAAUGUCGAAAGGUUGGCCGAGAGUUUUCCCGCUACUCCGGAAAUAGUCCAGAAAAUUCUGAGGGCGAAAUGGCGACCAAGGAGUGUACAAAGGAUCCGCUCCCACGAUGAAACCGUCAUCCAAAAUUGGAAGCUACUGAAAGCAGGAAAGGGUGACUUCAAUAUCCCACAUGCUCUUCUUCAGCAUCUUCAGAAAUUUGCCGAGAGAAGGCACAAGGAUUUAAAAGAACUAAAACCGCACGAUUGGCCUACAAAACAACAACUACCUACUCCUCAAGGCAAUGAAUUUCGUAAGCUUCUAGGCAGUACUAGUUCCACCACGGAAGAGCUUCCUCCGCCACAAAUCCCAUCUGGCUAUGAACCUCCACCAUCCGCUGCCGAAGAUGAAACCUAUCUGCUGGAUAAAAUACGCAAUAAAAAGAAAAUGCGUCUCCAGGAUCUUAAAGACCAGAAGCUAGUUGAGUCGGCUCCCAAAGUUCCAGAUGAACUGCAGCGUCCCAUUGAAAAUCCCAGUGGCACAGGGUUCCUCCCCAGCUUCGUUCCCAAGUUCGAAAGCAGCGAGAUUGUGAUCAGUGCAGCUGAUCAACGAAAGUAUGAAAUAACCCAGGUGAAAACCCGCAUUGUUAUUCCCCGAAAGCUGCAUCGCGAAGGAGCCACCUAUCGCGUUGAGGAUGCCUACUACGAUGAUGAUGGGGAGCUACUCUACCGUGUGCCUGGAAUGACGGGAGCCAAAGGUGGUAAUUAGUUAUGAGGCUUUUUAUAUGGUAGAUCCGAAAGUUAAGUUCAAGAAAUAUUAAUUUAGAAAAGGACACGUAGUAAAAUU